AUGGUCCGGGUGGUGCCCAGAGCAGGGAGGAUGGAGGGAGCCUUCCUGCUGUUGCCCUGUCUACUCAUCCAUCACCAGGUGCGGGGGUCUCUGUUGGAAAGCCUCAUCUCCAAACGGACAGAAUACAAGGAGAACUGCACCAGGACUCUGGCUCUCAGCACCAUGCCACCCUCUGGAGUCUUCUGUAACGGCAGCUUCGACUCCUUUGCCUGUUGGCCUCACUCCUCACCUGGCAACGUGUCCAUAUUAUGUCCUGCCUACUUACCAUGGAUCCAGCCAGAUGGCUCGCGGUGGGCUCACAGGGAGUGCCUGGAGAACGGGUUGUGGAGGCAGAAGGAAAACUCAUCAGAGGUGUGGAGAGAGGACUCUGAGUGUCAGGAGCACCACUACUUCAGAGACAAGGAGGAGCAGCUGCUGCGUCAGAGCGUCCUGAGACUCAUCUCGGUUUCUGGGUACUCCCUGUCGCUCUGCUCCCUGGCCUUUGCCACUUUGAUCAUGGGGGUUCUCAGAAAGCUCCACUGCACCAGGAACUACAUCCACAUGAACCUGUUUGUAUCCUUCAUGCUGAGAGCGGCUGCGGUCAUCUGCAAAGAGCUGGUCCUGCACCUCAUGUACAGCCAGCUGCCCCAGGACGAGCACGGCUGGAGCACCUACGCCCGCUCCACGAUCUCAGGGCUCUGCAAGGCGGCGCGUGUAUGCAUGGAGUACUGUGUGUUCUGUAACUACCUGUGGCUGCUGGUGGAGGCCAUGUUUCUGCACACGCUGCUGUUCUCCAUCGUCCUGAACCAGAGGCGGCUGCUGCAGACCUACAUGCUGCUGGGCUGGGGGACGCCCAUCCUGUUUGUGACUCCCUGGACAGUGGUGAAGUUUGUUUAUGAAAAUACAGAAUGCUGGUCCAUAGUGAACAAGUGGUUCUGGUGGAUCAUACGAGGCCCCAUCACGCUGUCGGUGCUGAUCAUCUUCUUCAUCUUCAUAAAGAUCCUGCUGCUGCUGUUGUCCAAGCUGAAGGCCGACCAGGUCACCUUCUCUGACUACAGAUACAGCCUGGCGCGGGCCACCCUGGUGCUGGUGCCUCUGCUGGGCCUUCACGAGGUAGUGUUCACGGUGCUGCUGGACGAGUGUGUGGAGGGCAGCAGUCGAUACGCUCGAAACUUCAUCCACCUGACCCUCAGCUCCUUCCAGGGCUUCCUGGUGGCCGUGCUCUACUGCUUUGCCAACGGAGAGGUGCAGACAGAGCUCAAAAAGCGCUGGCAGCUCUUCCUCUUCACUCACCACUGGUCCGUGCGGAGCUGCUUCAGAGGAACGCCGCUCAAACAGCUUUGGAAGAGCACCCACAGGACUCAGCCCGAGUCCGACCGGGGCAGGCUGUCCUCCCGCUGCCCGCGCCCCUGCCCUCUGCCACUGGAGUGCAGACUGGAGGGCGGGGCACGGCUGGGGGGGUCUGGCGUGUCCAAGGCCCAGGGCAGAGGGGUUAACGGAGUCCGAGGGGGCAGGAAGAGUCUGUCGAGCAGCGAUGGAGACAUGACCAUGGGGGAGACCGUGGAGGAGGUUCUGGAGGAGAGCCAGUUCUGA